AUAACCAAUAAGAACGUAGCUCAACCUUGUUUUGCUUCACUCAGCCAAUCACAACGCAACAUAUUCAUCAUUCCUCGAUGACACUCGAGUUUUCGAACGGCGGAAUUUAUUGAUGUAUCGUCUGCUGGAGGUCUGCAACAAUGCGAUUACCGUAAAGGUGAUCAAGAUUUAGUUAAGGUGUAGUUCUCGUGGUGGAAAAUACAGUGGAGAUAAUGGCGUCGAAGCCGCAGUUGGUGCUACUGGGCUAUGUUGAUGAGCAAAUAUCUUCCAGAAAUCAACAACUGGCCAGCUUUACCAGCAGCAAAAUUGGCGGAACACCAGACUGGUGUUUAAGUGGGUGUGAAGUUCCAAUAUGUAAGCGUUGUGGCAGAAGGCAGUCCUUGGUAGUUCAAGUGUAUUCACCUUUGGAAGGAGUGUUAUAUCACCGAACACUCUAUGUAUUCGCAUGUGUUACUCAGGAAUGCUGGAAUCGCCCACACAGUUGGACGUGUUUACGAAGUCAGAUUCUAGACCCUGCGGCUGUGAGAACCUCUGCCCCUUCCUCCAAGUCUCCUUCUGUGUCAUCAUAUGGUGGAGAAAGUUGGUUCCAAGAUGAGCAUGAUUGGGGAGGAAAUGACAAUGAUGGUAAUGGCAAUGCUGAUAACUUCAACUUGGCAUCAUCAUCUCAGCUAUACCUGGACAACAUGGCCAAGACUGGAGGGGACAGGAGUAACCUUAAUAAUAUCAACUCAAAUACAACUUCCAUCACUGAGGUGGCACAGAAGAUGGAGAGCAAGCUAAACAUCAUUGAGGAUGAUGCCAAUGCUAAUGAAGCAGUGUGUGGUGCUGUUGGUAUGGUUGGCUGUGAGGGGGAAGGUGUGGAAGCUACUGCAGUGAUCGAGGGACCUGAGGGAGACAUGAUUGCAGUUGAUACACCUGAACAACCAACAACAGACAUUCCUGCAUUGUUUCAGGAAGCAGCCCAAAUUGAUGCUAAUGCAGAUGUCACUUUCCAUCCAUUCUUCAUGGUAAGUGAUGUGGAACCUCCAGAAGAUGUGGCUUUCUCGGAUCACGAAAGGGAACUAUUAUUACGUUAUACCCAUACAACUGGGCAUGACUUUAGAGAAGAGGAGAUUGCUGCGGGAGCUGAAGGGAAGGGAGAUGGAGUGUAUGAAAAAGAUGUUGCCAUUCACGGAGAUGUUUUACUUCACAAGUUCAAAAAGAGAAUUUCUCGUAGUCCCCAUCAGGUACUCAGGUACUGUCGAGAAGAAGGUGCAUCACCACUGUGGUUACACCCACCUGGUGCGACUGAAGUGGCUACCAAAUGUCAGUUCUGUGGAGGGAAUAUGGUCUUUGAGAUGCAGAUCACACCACAGCUGGUCCUUCACCUCAGAGUGCCUGGGGUACAGGGUACUCCACUGGAGUUUGGCACAGUGGCUGUAUUUACGUGUUUAGCUUCAUGCUGGAAUGAAAAAGACACUAUAAAACAAGAAGUAGUAGUCGUCCAGUGUGAAGUGAUCUGAAGAGUUUGUAUUCCUGGUGAUUUAAAAUAAAAAAAAAAUUGAGCAUAAAUUGAUAAAUGAGCUGAAUGAGUUGUCUUAUAUUUAAUUAUUUAUUACACUCAUUCUUUUUCACUAUUGCUUAAAAAUUAUAAGUCAGUGUAACAAAAAUGAUUUCAGAUGAAGAUUUAAUCUGCAGGAGCCUGAGUUGUAUAAGUUACAAAAGUUGAAGAUUACACAUGAGAGAGUCCAGGGGUGGAUUGUACUUUAGAAAAUGAAGCAACAUUGUAACUUGAUCAUUGCUCAGUGCAUAGUUGUGGCACUCCUCAAGGAAGAAGCAACAGUUAUCUCCAGAUAAACUGUCUCAUAUCAAGGUUUGCUCAUGUUGAUUAUAUUGAAAUAUUUACACUCAUUCUUUUGAGUUAGCUGAGCUCUUGAAGCAUACUGUCACUUUCAAAUGCUAGAAAUGUAUGCCUCAUUUUACUCCUCAAUAUCCACCCUUGGAGACAGUGAGUCAUUAGGAACAAAAUAAAAAGUAGUGUGUGUCUUUUGUAUGCACUCAGUAAAUAUUUCACUAU